AUGGCCUGCUGCGUGCUCCAGAUCACCGGGCUGAUCUUCGGCGGCGUGGGCAUGGUGGGCACCUUGGCGGCCACGGCCAUGCCCCAGUGGAGGGUCUCUGCCUACGUGGACGGCAACAUCGUGGUGUUCGAGACCGUCUGGGAGGGGCUGUGGAUGGACUGCGUCAGCCAGCUGGGCCUCAGGCUGCAGUGCAAGUUCUACGACUCCGUGCUGGCGCUGCCGCCGCCGCUGGAGGCCUUCCGGGCCCUCAUGUGCGCGGCCGUGGUGCUGGCCGUCCUCGCCUUCCUCGCAGCCGUCGCAGGGGUCGCGUAUGGCCAGCAGGGCCCCCGGGUCGCCGGCACCUGCGUCCUGGCAGCCGGAGUUGCCUUCCUGCUCGCGGGCAUCCUGGUGCUGAUCCCGGUGUCCUGGACUGGGGCCGGCAUUGUGCAGGACUUCUACGACCCCGCGGUGCCCGCACCGCUGAAGCGGGAGCUGGGAGCCGCCCUGUACGUGGGCUGGGGCAGCGGUGCCCUGCUGCUGGCUGCGGGAGCCCUGUUCUGCCACUCCUGGCAUGGGGCUGGGGCGGCCGCCAGUCCUGGGUAUCCCUGGCCGGCCCCGGGUGUCCGUGCCUACGUGUAG